CGCUACUAUACCCGGCCGGGUUGCCGGUGGAGUACCGGAUGCCGGAGACGAUUAUUGAAAAGGCAUUACGGCCGAAAGCUAUUAAGCGAAUCCCAUUACAAGCGCUGAAUAUCUAGGGUGUUUUUAAUAGUAUAUACAUAGUCCACCGUCGACGAAGGGCCUUUCCGAGAGACCGGCUUGUGAAUAAUCCCACUCAUCCAAGUAACACCAACGAUGGACGCCACCAACAUACCUACGGGUUUGCACCACCGAAUGCCCAUUGUUUUUGGUCCCUUUCCGGGCCCCAGACAAUCAUUCGAUGGGCAUCGUCGGGAUGGAUCUUCGACAACGAGCAAGGAAGCAUUUGUAACUUUCAAAACACCGAAAAGCGCUGUUUCUAGCUUGCUUCCACCGGGCUUCUCCUUUCAGGACACGUCCUCGCCAGACGAGUGCGCGUACGUAACUGUCGCGCCAAAGCGUCUAGACAACCUCGAAUGGUUGGGAUAUAGGGGAUAUAAUCUCUUCAGUUUCUUCAUCCACGGCAUUCAAUACACUACGCCACAAGGUAUAACACGCAAAGGCACAUACCUCCCUGUCCUCUGGGAAGAUCUAGCGGACCCGAUCAUUAGCGGGCGAGAGGAACUGGGAUUCCCGAAAUUGUUCGCCGAUAUCUCGAUUAGCGAGACCCAGGGCAUCUACCGCAUGUCAGCGUCGUGGAUGGGGUCCCGCUUCGUUGAUCUCAGUUUGGAUAAUCUCCACGAGGUGGAGGGUAUCGCAACGCCGCUUGCGCCUCCGGAAGCAGGCAUAGACGACGGGACUCUUCUAUACCGCCACAUGCCAACCCCAGGCAACCCCGGUGUUAGUGAGGUUGACUACCCAGUCUUUGUUUCAUAUGCCGAGGAGAGGAAAAUGCAGCCAGUGUCAACGGUCCGACGUUUCGUCGGGUCAACAGGCGAAGUUAUAUGGCAUCCGCUAGACUGGCAGAGUCUCCCUACUCUGCAUCAUAUAGUGAAACGACUAGCAGAUAUUCCCGUUACCUCUAUUGUAAAGUGUGGUUUAACUGAGAAAGUUGGUAAUUCAGAUCUCUCAUCGGCAAGGAAUGCCAACAUCUAAACCAUACAUGGAAAGUCUAUUGCAUGAUUAUAGUUACUCUAGUUAGUUAUAUGAAACAAAUGUAUCUUUUCCGUUAUAAUUAAUUUUAUUUGUUCCUCCG